CUCGGCCACGCGCUCUGACGCAGUGCACGGUCUUUGCAUCCCUGAGCGAAGGCCUGGAGCAGUUGGGGAGCGACUUCUCGGUCGGGAAGCGGAGGAGACGGCUCCGAUUCUCUCUAACCUAGGGAGCCGCGACUCCUGGGAGGAAGCGUGGGAGGAAAUGGAAGGAAAGGAAGAAUCCCCCCAAACCCCCAUCCCCUCUUCGCGUCCUGCUAGUUUCCGGGGUCCGGGAGCGCGGGCCCCACCCUCUCAGGGCUAACACCUGGCGGUGGGGCGUGCCUCAGUUUCCCGGAGGCGGGGAGUUCCGCCCCCGCCCCUCCCCUUUUCCUCUCCUUCCUCUUUGGGGCGCUUGAGGCCGCCCCUCGAGAACUCCCGGAACUGAAGCCGAGCUCCGGGCCGGCGAGUGGGAGUGGGGCCACGUCAGCGGGGUAGUCCGGGCUCCGCGGCGCGGGGCUGGUGGGUGCCAUGCGGCGGGGCGCUGUCCUGGCGGGCGCCCUGGCCGCGUACGUCGCGUACCUGGUGCUGGGCGCGCUGCUGGUGGCAUGGCUCGAGCGGCCGCAUGAGGCUCGGCUCCGAGCCGAGCUGGAGGACCUUCGGGAGCAGCUGCUGCGGCGCAGCCCAUGCGUGGCCGCCCCGGCCCUGGACGCCUUUGUGGAGCGGGUGCUGGCGGCCGGACGGCUGGGGCGCGCCGCGCUUGCCAACGCUUCGGGGCCCGCCAAUGCCUCGGACCCCGCCUGGGACUUUGCCUCGGCGCUCUUCUUCGCCAGCACACUGGUCACCACCGUGGGCUACGGGUACACAACGCCACUGACCGACGCGGGCAAGGCCUUUUCCAUUGCCUUUGCGCUCCUGGGCGUGCCGGCCACCAUGCUGCUGCUGACUGCCUCGGCCCAGCGCCUGUCACUGCUGCUAACCCAUGCGCCUCUGUCCUGGCUGAGCACGCGCUGGGGCUGGGACCCCCGGCAGGUGGCCCGCUGGCACCUGGUGGCCCUGCUGGCAGGUGUGAUGACCCUCUGCUUCCUGGUGCCAGCUGCAGUCUUUGCCCACCUUGAGGAGGACUGGAGCUUCCUGGAUGCCUUCUACUUCUGCUUCAUCUCUCUGUCUACCAUAGGCCUGGGUGACUAUGUGCCCAGCGAGGCCCCCGGUCAGCCCUACCGGGCCCUCUACAAAGUGCUGAUCACAGUCUACCUCUUCCUGGGCCUGGUCGCCAUGGUGCUGGUGCUGCAGACUUUCCGCCGUGUGUCUGACCUUCACGGCCUCACAGAGCUCAUCCUGCUGCCUAGUCCGUGCCCUGCCAGCUUCAGCGAGGACGAGGAUGACCGGGUGGACAUUCUGGGACCCCAGCCAGAGCCACGCCAGCAACUCACUGCUGGCUCCCGCGCCGACUACGCCUCCAUCCCCAGGUAGCCGGGGCAGGUGCCCCAAGGCUGGAUAGACCUGGCCUGCAGCUGAGGGGCCCACGUGAUGGGGAUGGACCUACUGGAAUGUCCACGAGCACAUGCCGGCAUUUGUGAGGCAUUGCCACCAACCGCCUGUCCUUUGUCUCACAGGCCUGGCUCGCCCAGUUCCUCCACCACCUGCCUUGUUCUCAGUUCCUCCUCUCAUGUCCCCGACACUCUGCACCUCUCCGGCUUCCCCACCAUCUCGGUCUCUUCCUCACACGUCUCUUUGUGGCUCAUCCUUUUAUCCAUCACUGUUCUUCCUCAGCCACUCAUCACUUGCCAAUUCUACCAGGCUUUGGGCUCAGACCUCAUGUGGGGCACUAGACUGGUCACUGGGCAAGGGACUGCCCGUCUCUGAGCCUGGAUCUCCUCAUCUGUCAAGUGGAAAGAAUAUAUUCAAACAUCCAAAACUCCCUCCUUUGUGCUGGCCCUGGGCUGGGCAGUGCUAGGGACACAGCAGUGGUUGAGAUGGGUCUGGGCCCUGUUCUCAGGGGGCUCCUGGUUCACUGAAGUAGACACACCUGUCCCCACACAGUGACAGCCCAGAGGAGGCAGGACUUCAGUGAGGAGGCAGAGGGGUUGGCAGCGUGAUGGGGACAGCACAGGGUGAGUGGUCAGCAUUGAGGUGGGGGAAGCACAGGGAGGUCAGGGAGGACUUCUUGAAGGAAGGGACAACGGAACUCAGCCCUGAAAUCUGAGGAAUAGUCAGCAGAGGAUGGUGUACCUGACUCCAGUGUCUCCAGGGAGCAAGACGUGUGUGGAAAGCCAUAGGGUAGGCCUGGGUGAUAGAAUCUUCCUCAGUGGCCUGGCGAGCAGCAAGCUGAGACAGGAUCCCAGCCUGGAUCCAAAUGGCAGGAAGGCUCUGCUCUUAGCUGAGACACCGGUGUAAAAUCUGUCCCCCUUUACUGAGUGCCAAAUGUGUAAGGUGCACUGGGCUCUGGAGCCCGCCUGCCUGGACUCAAAUCCCAGCUCAGCUGUAUCCUGCCUGUGUCCUUGGGCACCCACUGUACCUCUGUGAUUUUCAGUUUCCUCAUCUGUAAAAUGGCAAUACAUAAUAAUACUAGCUACUUCAAAAGACAAUUUCACAGAUCCUGCUGUGUUAUUCUAUGAUGCUUUCUUUGGCCAGGUUCUGUUCUGGGUACUUUGCAAAUGAGGAAGAUAAUACUAUCAUCCCUUCACGUAGAUGAGGAAACUGAGGCAUGGAGAGGGGAAGGCCCUUGUCUUGGACACAGAGCCAGGAACUGUCUGGAAGUAAAGAAAACUUCUCCAAAGCCUCUCAGCAGACUCCCUCUUCCACCUCAUUGGCCAAAAGUGGCUCUCAUGCCCAUCCUGAACUGAUCAUUGGCCAGAGUGAGGAAGCUACCAUGAUUAGCUUGGAUUCCUCAGGAUUUCCCCUGCCCUCAGGACUGAGGCUGGUGAAUACUUGAACAAAACUGGGCUUCUAUUAGAAAGGCAGAAGGUUCGGAGAACAGACAGAUAUUGAUUAUCAGCCAGGGCCGACAUGUACAGUUAUACAAUUUGGGAUGUUAUGUAAGGGAUGUCUGGCUGGCAGGGUGGAAACAAAUUGGGGCUAAAGUUCAAGGCUGAAUAUGCCCAAAGGGGGCUUCUUUUUCUAAUUAAUGUAAAUGCUCCAUAUAGUGAGCAGUGACCUUCAACUCAUGUCCUUACACCAGAGAGAAGAGCUUAUAAAGGAGACCGAAAAGGAGUAGGAAAACCAGGAGAGGAGGCCGUGUAGGUAAGAGACAAGAGAAUUUUGAGGGAGAAGUCAACAUUGUCAAAUCAUGCUAUCAAGUCACACAAAAUGGUUUUAAUUACUUUGAAAUAAAACAAUUGCAUAGAUUUUACUAUGUGUCAGGCACUGUUCCAACCCCCUGAUAAUUUAUUUAACCCUUCUAGCAACUCUGUUAAGUACUUUUCCCACAUUUUACAGGUGGAGAAAAGAGGGCCCAGAGAAGUCAAAUAACUUGCCCAAGUUCACACAGGGAGUACAAAACUAGGAUGUGAGCAAGGUUUUCAUUGGCCACCUUGUCCCACAGGAGCCCAGAAACAUCUGCUGUCUAGCUCUUCCUCAGCCUCCCAGGCUCCCUGGCUUCUCCCCAUGGUCGUUGUUGACCUGGCUGCUAAAGUCAGCGGCUGGCUGGGCAGGCAGCUGCUUCUCACCUUAUCGAGGGAGAUGACUGUGCGAUCUGGCUUCCACUUCUCACUGCUUUUCCUUCUAAACUCCUCUAGAGAAAUAAACCAGGCCCUGUUCAGUUCAAGAUACUAAAAAAAGGUGCAUGCUAAAAACUCAAAAGGUACAAAAGAGUGUACACUGGGAAGUCCGUCUUCCUCCUGCAUUCUGCCUGUAUUGACUGAUUCCUCAGGGUUCCCAGGCAGUACCAGCAGUGCACAUGUGUGUCAUCUGUUUUUUCUUUCACUCUACAUAAAUGGUACCUAGUAUGGUGAAGGUUGCAAUGUUAGACUCUGGAGGCAAAGUCCCUGGGUACACAUCUGAACUCUGUCACUCCUAAGCUCUGUGGCUUUGGGCAAACGAUUUCACCAGCCUGUGCCACAGUUUGAAAUCUGGGAAAUGGGAAUUUACAGCACUUACCUCAUGGUUUCUUAGAGAAUUAAGCAACUUAAUAUUCGUAAAGCUCUUAGAACAAUGUCUGGUACUUAAUAAAAUGUUGGCUAAUGAUUAAUGUC